GGACAACCAACAGCAGCAUCCUGAACAAAACAUGACAUCUCCAACCAUGAUCAGAUGGUUGUACGCCAUGAUUGUGGCGCUGCUUGUGGCGCUGCUUGUAGGAAAUGAAGUGCAAGCCAGGACACCGGAGAGCAGCUCUCCUUCUGAUUGCUGGACUAAGUGGCUUGACCGGGACAACCCUAGUGGGAAAGGGGACUUUGAGACUCUACUUGACCUGCGCCGUGAAUACCCAGGAUACAUCUGUCAAAAGCCAUACCAAAUUGACGUCGAGACAACAUCUGGAGCCAUUGUGUCUUCAGAUGUCAUUUCUGUAUCUGACACAACCACAGGAUUCAUCUGCCUAAAUUCAGACCAGAAAAAAGGCCAGUGCUUGGAUUAUCGUGUACGAUUUAAGUGCCCUCUCAAAUUCUGCCUUAAAGAUUGCUGGACUUCUUGGUUUGAUAGAGACAACCCCUCUGGUACUGGAGACUAUGAGACUCUUAAGGACCUGUACAACGAAAAUCCAAAUCAAAUCUGCCAAGCACCACUUAAUAUUGAAGUCCAAACUACAUCUGGGUUAAGCAUGCAUUCAACAGGCGAUGUGGUUGCUGUAGCUGACACUAAGAGUGGGUUCAUCUGUAGAAAUUCAGACCAGAUAACGGGAAUGUGCUCUGAUUAUCGUGUACGUUUUAGAUGUCCACUCGAUUACUGCAUGCGCAAAGGUUAGGUCAUCUGAUGGUUUUGAUCGUCGCCACAAAUACGAAGAGUUGCAUGACAACAAAGUACGCUUUAGAUGCCCCAUCAAGCCAAGGAGUUUAAUGAACCUUUAAUAGCUCUUGAUUCACUAUAAAAAUAUAACUUGGGUACUGUAUAUGGGUAAACUAAACUAUAUGAAAAAUGAUUAAAACUUCAAUUUACUUUCCUCUUUGCC